AGUAUUUGAUUCAUUUUAUUACUGCUUAUCUACCAAUACUUCAUUUCAUCUUUUUCUCUCAUUCAUAUACAUUUAAAUGUGUACAUAAAUCCAUACAAAGAAUCUCAAUUGUAUAUUUCCUAACUAAAGUGAUAGGGAUGUAUACAUACGAUACAUAAAAAUUAACAUUCCAUUAACCUGGAAUCGAAGUCUAAUUCUUCAGUUAUAAGUAUAUAGAAAAAGUGUCUCACUAAAGAAAACAAAGAAAAAAAAAUAAAUAGCCAACUGCUGUACAAUAACAGUAGACAGAAUUAGUCUACACUUAUACAAAAUGUAAUGUAUGUACAUGUUUGUUUUUUUCUAAUGUGUGAAUGUUUUGUGCAUAAAAUUCAUUUAUUUAUCUAGAAAACAAAAGAAUCUUCAUAUUACUAUGAUAAUGUCUAUCAUCUUGUAACAAUUACACUAACUAGUCAGUAUGCUUAUCAAAUACAUAUACUACUACUAUUAAUACUACUACUAACAACAUUAUUAAAGAUAUAAUGUCAGUCAUACUUAUAUAUAUACACGUUUGAUCAUUUAAAUGUUGACAUAUUUUUGACCUAUAUGAAUUUCAUAAUAAAGAAACAAUUUAAAAUACAUAUUCCAUUAUAACUAUUGUUACUAAGAGUUACGCAAUCAUUAUUUUUCUUGUUUAUACAUACAAGAUAAAAUUCUACAUCUUUAUCAAAAUAAUAAAAAAAUAAAUAAACAAACAACUACACAAGUUUCAUUUAGUCUUCAUGAAAUAAAUAACUAAAAAAGAAAGAAAAGAAAGAAAGGAGAAAGAAAGAAAUAAAAAAAGAAAAAAAUUAAAAUUGAUUAUGCCAUUUAUCACAAAGUUGAACUAUUUCUUCAUUAUAACAGAUCCACUAUUUCUUUUAUAUAAACAAAAAUCCAAAUUUUUCGGAAUUAUAUUAUCAUUAUUAUUAUUUCAAUUAAUGAUUAGUUUAAUGGAUCCAGUUCAAGGAAUAAAAUGGUUAGGUAUAUACAGAUUACCAAAAAGUGCAGAUCAUCCAGUGGAUUCGACAGCUGAUCGAUUUACUCCAGAUGAAUGUCAAAAAGCUGCUAAUAAAUUAGGUCUUCGUAGAAGACAAGCACGAUUUUGUAUGCAUCCACGUUUUGGUUAUGCAAUGCUUGCUGUACUUAGAGCUGCACAUGCUGUCGGAUAUCAUUGUCCAAAAACAUUUUCAGAUAGACGAUGGAAUUGUACUUCUAUACAUCAAUUACCGCAUGUAUCACCAGAGUUAAGAAGAGGCACACGUGAACAAGCAAUUGUACAUGCAUUUGCAAGUUCUGUAUUAUUAUUUGAAAUUGGACGAUAUUGUGCAUUGAAUAAAAUUCGAUAUUGUUCUUGUGGUGAUGAAGAUGGCAGUUAUGCUACACCAAAUUAUCCUUCAUCUCAUAUAUAUAAAAAUAACAAUUUACUUAGACAACAUCAUUCACAAACUUUGUAUAAUGAUAAUAAUAAUGCAUUAGUAUAUAAUUCCGAUGGUCAUUUAAUGAAUUCCAUUGAUACAUCUAAAUCAAACAAUAUACCAAUGACAGAUGGUCAACCAACAGUUAGUAAAUUUUAUUGGGCUGGUUGUUCUGAUAAUUUGCGUACAGCUAAAGAAUAUACAUCAUUAUUUCUUGGUUUUCCAAAUGUACAUGUAAUGUUACCUCCACCAAUAGAAACAGAUAAUCCUAAUUUAGAUACAAUACAUGAUAUGAAUAAUCAAAAUCGUUAUAAAAGAUCAACGUAUUCUUCACAAGUUACAGAAAGUAAAUAUGAUACAACACAAUUAUCUGAUAUGUUUAGUCUGUUUCAAAAUCAAAUCAAUGUUAAUGAGAAUGUGGACGAUAGAAUUAGAGAAGAUGUAGAUGAAGAAACUGAAGAAAAUGAAGAAGAGGAUGACAGUGAAAUAGAUGAUUCAGAAUUAUUCUAUUCACAACAUGAAUAUACGGAUAGACGACGUCGUAAUCUACAUAAAACAUGGUCAUAUCAAUCUACAGCACAAACCAACAAAUAUCCGUCAUACAAUUCAGCACAACAAAUGUAUGAUUCAGUAGAUGAUAAUGAUGAAAGAUUACCACGUCAUCCUAGAUCAAAACAAGGUAGAAAAAAAUCCACACUACGUAAUUUAAAUCGUCAUAAUUAUCUAGCAGGUGUAGUAUUAAUGGAAGCUAAUCAAAAACUGGUAUGCAAAUGUCAUGGAGUUAGUGGUAGUUGUGCUCAACGUGUUUGUUUUCGUCAACUUCGACGAAUCGAUACAGAAUUAAUGCAAAAAGCAUUAAAAAUGAGAUACUUAGCAGCCAAACAGGUUUCGGAAGGUAAAAAUGGUGAAUUAAUCGCCAAAACAUUUAUUGGUAAUGGAUUUAUCGAUGAAGUAGUAAAACCUGAAGAACUGGUAUUUAGUGAACAUUCACCAGAUUAUUGUAAUGUAGAACCUCAAAGAGGUUCUGUUGGUACACGAGAUAGAAUUUGUACAUUGAAAGAUACGGGGACAUCAAAUUGUGUGAAUAUGUGUUGUGGUCGUGGUUACAGAAAUGUGACCAAACGAGAAAUUGUUCAAUGUAACUGCCGAAUGGCCUAUGGAUUCAAAGUGCAAUGUGAUGAAUGUAAUAUUGAAACUGUAACUCAGAGAUGUUUAUGAAUGCACUUAGCAACUUAUUAGAUGUUAAAUACCGAAGAAAAUUCUCCAGGGUCAUGAUUUAAAUCAGCUGGAACAAUUUCAUGAUAGCAGGCUAUGCAUGUGGUGUACACAUCUUAUGUUUUUAAUUUUCUUAAAAAUACUAUACUACUUAAAAAUUCGGACAAUUAUCUUUCAUAAUUCUGACCCGUAAGUUAUUUUUAUUCUUCUAUUCUUCUCUUACCCCUUGAUUAUUGCAUAACCUCAUUUGAUAAUAAGAGUCUCGAAUCAAUUUAUGAUGUAAUCUUUUCUAUCCUUCUAUAGACAUUUAUUUACCACACAAGUAGAAAUACGAAUGUACAACUUGAGUAAGUGAUUUUGUCGAAAAGAAAAUUUUCUUCGCUGAACUCUCUUUGUUUUUAUUUAUUGACACAUUGAGUUAUUUUAAUUAUCCAAAGGAUAUUUGUUAAUUGCUGGUGUUUUACCAGUAUUUUAUUAGUAUUUUCAAUCUCGUAUGCUUUUGGAAUUACUCGAUAUUAGCUUUUAUGAUAUCGCCAUAAAACGCGGUGAGGAUGUUAUAAUUCAGCGUUCAAUUUAUCGAAAAGAUACAUGGAAUGGUGUUUAUCUGAAUUUCACUAGCUUCUUUCUGUUAGUUAUAAAAAGACACUUAUCAAAACUUUAUUUCACAGAACAGAAAGAAUAGUACCACUGAUACACUAGAAGUCAAAUUAAUGAACGCUAAAAAUGCCUUAUGAACAAAGAGUAUUCAAAGAUAUUUAUUGGGAAAAGUUAGGACAAAAGUUCUAAAGAAACUACAGUAGACAAUAAACACUCACCUUGGAUCAAAAAGUGACGGUGUUGCAGUGACAAUAAACGAGAUUGGAAACCGCACUGAACAGAGUAUCUCCUGGAGCCAAACUGAUUUUCUUGUAUAAAACAUGUUCUUUACUCCAACCGAGGAUUGAUAGUUAGUUCUUUCAAGUUACCGUAAACUGGGUAUAUAAAUUUAUAUGUACCUGCUUAAGCAAUCACAUUGAUAGAACAGAAAAAAGGCCCUACUUUUGGACUAAAGAAUAUAUCCCAAACAGUCUCAGAUCAAUAGGAUUAAAGGGUUUUAGCACUGUAUUUUCUGGACAUCUCUGUAACACAGAGCAUCAAGUCGAUAUACUGAAAUCUUUCAGAAUCAUCAAUCGACAGUUAGAUUUCAUUCCGUCCAAUUUUGCCAAUGUCAUAGCCAUGAAACAUUUAAAACUGGGCCUAUG